AUGUCAUCUGACGAAGAACAAUCUUGGCGAUCCUUGUUGGAAGUUUCCAUCGCCAAGUCCAGAAAGACUCGGGGUUCCAACUACGUCCAAAUCUCUACUGUGGAAGAGGGAGAACCCCGCUGUCGAACAGUAGUCUUUCGAGGAUUCCAAAAGACUCCAGUACAUCAUGAUUUGUUUCAUGAAUUGGAUGAGAAACCCUGCCUCUUCAAAAUGUGCACCGACAAGCGUUCGAAGAAAGUGGCACAGAACGCCAAACAAUCAGUUGCGGAGAUUGUGUGGUGGUUCCCUAAAUCGAGUGAACAAUAUCGUGUACGAGGAAACUUGAUUUUGGUAGGUGGAGAAAAUGAGGACCGUGCAUUGGAAAUUGCUCGCAAGGAAUUGUGGGGGAACAUUUCUGACCCGUCGCGAGAGAGCUUUCUGGGUCAAGUUGUACCUGGAGAGGCAUACGAAAAGGACAAUUCCAUCAUUCCAGUAGGAGGGAGAGAUGAUGAUGGAAAGGUGUUGGUACCUCCCGACAACUUUCUGCUGAUGUUGCUAGACCCAAUGGAUGUCGACUAUCUGAGACUGACAGGAGACCAAUAUCGACAGGUGGAUUCUCGUGGACCAUCUGGUUGGACAAAACAACGGGUCAACCCAUAG